AUGGCGGAGACAAAUGUUCAAUACGAAUCAGGGAUCUUCGGAGCCGGAGGAUACAGUUGGAAACUUGUGUUCUACCCAAAUGGAAACAAGAAGAAGAAUGUCAAAGACCACAUCUCUCUCUACUUGGUAAAGGCGGUGGAGAAUUCACUCCAGCCUGGUGAGGAAGUAUAUGUUGAUUUCAGGUUAUUUUUGCUUGAUCAGAUUAAAAACAAGUACUUGGUUAUUGAAGAUGGUUUCAAAAGGAACUUUUGCUUUCUAGGCGAGACGUCUGGCGCAGUCGGUUUUGAUAAACUUGUCUCUCUAAAGGACUUUACUGAUGCCUCCAAUGGAUAUCUAAUUUUUGGAGCUGAGGUCUUUGUUUGUAAUGGAACAAGACGCGUACCCCCAGCAGAUUGUCUAUCAACAUGCAAGACUAUCUCAAAGAAGUACAAGCAUACUUGGAAGGUUGCAAACUUUUCCCACUUAGCUGCUCAGUACUAUGAAAAACGAUUCACUGCUGGAGGCCAUCACUGGUACAUACUUGCUAUUAAUCAAUAA